CCCUGCUCUGCAUUGGGUUAGCGUUUCAACCCUCUCCAUUCUUCACCUCUUCACGUCUCAUCCUUUUUGUAAUCCAACGGAGCCCAUUCGUCCCCACCUCCAACUGCUCUGUCGUCCAUGGCGCCAUGAAACUAGCUGAUCCGAAAGCCUUCACCCGCCUCACUCCCCGGCUCAAUAUUACGACCUUCCGCCUGAACUACAGCCCUGGCUACAACACCUUCAUUAUCAACCGUGUCAUCGAUGACCGCCAGCACCCUCUCCAUAUCUUGCAGACACGCCUGAGGGAUCAACGGAGAAAGGAAGGCCUGUGGUGGCAUGCUACAACCGGCACGGAACUGUGCAAGUCCAGCAGGAUCAGGACCUGGUGUAGAAGGCGGCUCCGCAAUGCCUUCACUGGAGCGCUGAAUGAACGAGGGUUUGAUCAGUAUGGGCGACUGGUUGAUGCGAGUGCUCUACAAGGACCUUUGGCGCAUCUGGGGCGUGCGUUAAGACAACACAAGGACUUCAGCCUCUCAGGGAGUAUCAGGAUGCAUGCAUUGGUACCUCUGAUUCCAGCCAAGUACACCCUUGUGCAGCGCGAGGUGACGGAGCUGCUCGACCUGUUGCUCUCAUGCUAUCAGAAUGAGAUAACGGGUCCUCGCCCCAAAGGGAGGCUUGACAACAGAAAAAGACUCUGA